GUGAUAAAGAACACAAGCAAGCUCCGAAGAUAUGACAAGAAGGCCAUGUCUAAGGUGAUGAAGAUGAGUCCAGAGAUGAUUGAGGAGAUUAGUCGUAAGGGCCGUCGCUCCACCCGGACAAGUGUAACUCCUUCGUUCAAAGUAGUCUUCUGCACUACAAUCGCAGCUCUGGAUAACGAGGCUUCAAUUGACGAAAAGGAAGCUCAUCGGAAGCAGUCAGCGAAGAUUCUCAAAGAAAUGUUCGCACCAAACUUUACACGUGCUGUGCUGGAACUUGUGACAUCUGACGAGGCUCGUGAACAGCUAGCUGAUACUUUACAAAAUAAGGCUCCCUGCUUCACAGACGAGUUUGAGACAGCGGCGGUAGAGUGCAUGGCUGCGAUGGUUCGAGGGCAAGUUUUGGAUCCCUCUCGCUUCCAUAGCCUUCCAGAGAUAGACCCGAACACGAGGCGGGCGGCAUCAGCGAUGAUCGAGCUAGGAUUUGCUAAGAUCAUCGGAGGUAAUGUACUGAAGGACUCUGUGAAGGCAUCCCAUGAACCAG